AUGACCAAAGGUAUGUUGAGGUACUACAAUACCUCACUACUAUGGGCACGUUUAUUAGACAUCAAGACUAAGCGUGGAAACACAAACUUGACCUUCGAAGAAUUAGAAUUCUGCAAAUCAAUAAUGCAGCACGAAUAUAAUGUACGACAACCCAUCUACUUGUUCUCUCAACUCAACAACAACAAAGACUCUAAAAGUCUCACCAACCACAACUUACCAGUUACAGUAGGGAUUGAGGGCUACUGGAUCCUCGGCCUCAUUGAGGAUGGAAGUGAAGAUUUGCGACUAGAGUACGAUUCAAUCAUGGAUGCAUGUGAGUUACACGGUGUACUAGAAAGCGAUGAUGAUUCUCCUGGAUCUGAAUGGAGUGCCACUGAUAUGAAUAACCACGAGAAACUUCUAAAAUCUGUUUAG